AUGAAAGGAAAAGAAAAUAUCAAACACGGCUCAAACUUCCCAACACUUGGACCCAUUUAUUUGUAUGCCUUGGGAAAACAGUGGACAGAGAGACUCCAAAUCAAGGUUAUAAGAAGCAACUAAUAAAUGCUGGACUCGGUGAAAAGAAAACUGUUUUACAAAAAACAGUUCUUGCUCCUACUUCCAUGAAGCACUGCUAGAGAAUUUUCCAAGACUCGGUGAUGGAGGUGGCUAUGAACUUUUGCGCACACAACACAGGUCAACAACCAAAUUGGAAAUUCUAUACCCAAGAUAUAAUGGAUAUAAUGUAUUGCAUUUGAAAGAAGAAAUUGCAUCAGCAAAAAUAUAUAUCAGACCAUUACAGAGAUAUCUCAAUCUUGAACCAUUAGAACCAACUGAAAUACCAAAGGUGAGUUUCUUUGAAACUUGGUUUGGGGGAUAUUUUCAGGCAACCUGACUAAAGUUUGAAACCUGUUUGACCAAGUGCAUGCUGUUGUAAAUUUUGGUAACUACAGUACAGUAGUAUUACUAAUAACAUUCACUUGAAUUUCCCAAGCAAGCACAAACUGACAUACAAAACAAAAAAAUACAUCUUAUGAUAAUUGUUAAUGCUGCUAUAAACUUGAUGCGUUUCCCAAAGUAUAUAUUAUUUAUUGUAUUACUAAAUACUGUGUCUUAUAUUUAAGGUAAAAGAUAUUGGUCCCGUGCAAAAAUGUAUAAACUGCCAGCAAGAAUUUCCUCUCCACUUGUUCAGACAGCAUAUGGUCAAUUGUCCUGGAGGGUCUAGCAGAUCAAGUGGUGGACAAAAUGACGUCUCAAGCGGUGAAUCAAGUGGUGGGGAAAGUCAUGCGCCAAGUGUUCAAUUGAUUACAUUGGACGAAGGUGGACAAAGUGGUGCAUCAACCAGUGGUGCAGCUGGUCAAUCGAGUGAUGUACGAAGUGGUGGAUUGAACACAGGUAGUGAUGGAUCAGGGGUGGAUCUAGCUUAAAAUGUGACUGUAUCAUAUUCCUAGGUCUCCCCAUGCCCCCCCGCAAAUUUUUUGAAAUUUGAACCCCGGAAAUGCCAUUUCCUGCGUUCUGAGCCCAUGAUUCUGGCCUAAAAUUUGGCCAUAACAAGGUCAUGUAACAAAAAAACACACAAUAACUCUUCUUGGUAUCAGUGUUUCUGUUUCAUGAAACAUGGCCGCAAGCGUUUUGACAUAGAAAAGUCGGCUUUUGCGACUAAGUAUAUUUAAUAUUCCCCGCCGGUCCCUAUUUAAAUUAAUAACAUAUUGCACGCGCAAUGCCGCAAUAUGACUUUACAGAUUAAUAUCUUCGGUUAGGCGAAUGCUAUGAAAACAAAAAUACUACCGUUCGGUUCAUUGAAAGAAUAUCUCCUAAUUCCUAACGAUAGUUUUAGUCAAUAUAGCGAUUUAUGAACUUUGAGAGGUCAAGCAAUAUCAUAUAUUUCACUAUAUUACUCAAUUUUCUCGAACAAUGUAAACUAGCCAUACCUUUCGCCGAACAUAACUUCGGCCCCUUCGGACAUAUCCUUUUCGUAAUAGUCUUGUUCUAAUUGGCAUCCAAUACACUAUUUAUAAAGUGUUAUUUCAAGGACGUCUUCUGAAAUUAUGUAAGGCCAUCACUCACUCAGUGUCUCAGUUACGUUAGAAGAAAUGCGGCUGUUAGCAGUAUGAGACGAAGUUUCCGAGUGGUUCACGAUUAUUUCAUUUCUUGCGCAAUCAAAAUACAGCCACAGUAUCAGAGGGUAUCUGACGUCAUAGAUACAUGUCCUGUGAUUGGCUGGAUACCCUCCAAGGUAUCCAAAUAUCUCAUUAAGUUACUAUUUUUAGUAACAUUUGAACCGCGGACCGUAUCAGAACACUGCAGACGCAUUUAAAAACAUUUUUCCGAUUGGGUUACGUAACCUCGGGUUAUGCCUUCGGAAAGCUCUCGGCUCAUCUUCGUCGAAAGUAAUUCAAUGCUUUAAAAACACGUCUAAUGUUAUAUUUAGAACUGUGAAUUUUAAAAUUUACGAAAGAAUUUGCCCUCGUUCAUCUUAGUAAACUCAAAUUUUCACUAUUUUUGUAAACAGAAAUGAAUUGCCUGAAAAUAUAUUAAUAUUGAAUUUUUCCCCAAAACUAUUUUAGUAUGCAUAAUCGGAAAAAUCUGACCGUAUCUUGAGCUACACUCGAUACCCCCUGGAUCCGCCCCUGAUGGAUUGAACAUAGUGUUGUUCAAUUUACUAAUUUUCAGUGAUUUAUUUGUGACAGUGUUCCAAAUAAUGCAAGUUUUGACAGAAAUUAUGACCUUUACACUGUCUGAACCAUAGAGAUUAUAAAUAACACUAGACGGCGCAUCGAGGGUGAAAAAUCUGGGAGUGCGGUAAUGGUUCAAAUCAAACGAUUAAUUCCUAUUGAAAAGAUCAGAAUUGCUGAUAAAAAUGCUUGGUAAAAACCAAAACAGGAUUAUUUAACUGCCAUAAACAAGAAUUGAGAGAUUUUGGCUCAAACUCGCUCUUAUUUUAGCAUUUUAUGUCCCCCCCCCCCAGAGCCGUGUUCCUUUUCUUUAACUGAAUUAAGAUUACGAUACCCCCUCUAGUGUUGUUUAUAAUUUCUAUGUUCUGAACAACCACGUCCUUGAAUUAAAAACCAAAGCAAUUGUUUGAAAUUUAAAUGUGAACAAAUUUGGAUUAAGUGACUCAAAGAGAUGAAAAAAAAAAGCAUUAUUUAGCGUUAUUUAAACUAAAAGCAUUAUUUAACUACAAUUAACUAAGUUUCCUUGUGUGUACCUAUACUGUCAUGGAGUUCAACCUGGAUUUUUUAUGUACUUUUGUAACAGUUUCAUUGGAGGUACUGAAAGAAAUGUUUCCACAUAUUCCUGAGGCAGAUCUGAAGGAUGCAUUUCAAAACAAUUUUUUUGACGUUGACAGCACAAUUGAAGAACUACUGGAAAACGCAGCAGGUAAAAGUUAUGAUGCACUCUGAGGAAAUAAACUUGGCCUGUAUGUCAUGAAAAUACUGCACCAGUUAUGCAGGGCAACAGGUUAAACCUUGCACAGGAUUGCUCUCAGUUACAGAAAAUGUAACUACUGUAUUGUAUGUAAAUAAUACUGUAUUGUAUGUAAAUAAUACUGUAUUGUAUGUUUCACCCUUACAAUUUAUUUCUUGCUUCAUGCAAACUGCAUAUACAGUACAAUAUAAAACAACAGUUCUGAUGUUUUGAGCAAUGGCAUUUCAUCAGAGAAUUAAUUGGAGCAAGCUCGAAACACUAAAAUCGUUAUUUUAUCUUAUACACUGAGUUUAACUGAACCCAAAAAUGUACCUUGUAUUACUGUAAUACAUCAGCUUUCACCAUCGUCAUAUAAUUCAUUUGCGAUAUAUUUAAGGAGGGGAAACAGAAAUAAAGAUCACUGGUGGUAGUAUGGAAGAAAUAUUGAGAGCAAUCACUCCUUCUGUAGCCAACGCUCCACAAAGGAUCAGCAUCAGCAGAGAUCAUCUUCUGACUGAUAGCAUAAGCUUUUUCAAAAGACGGGAAUUUGACAACAACAGCCUUGUGAGAGUUGUUUUCGAAGGUGAACCGGCAGUGGAUGGAGGUGGACCCAAAAGAGAAUACUUUUCUCUUCUCCUUCAGUCACUUGUUGCACCUUCAUCGCCCAUAAGACUUUUCGAGGGUCGUGGUUCAUUCAUCCUACCAAUGCAUAAUAUGGACGCAAUUCGAGCAGGGAUGUUCAAGGUUGCGGGAAGAAUGAUCACUACAAGUGUGAUAAAUGGUGGUCCUGGUUUUCCCUAUGUUCCUCCUGUGCUAUACAAUUACCUCAUUUCUCCGACUGGGGAAAUGGAUAAGGCCCUAACCGAGAUAAAGAAAGAAGAUGUUGUGGACUUGGGCAUCUUGGAAGCAAUUCAAAAGCUAUCUUUAUGUACUGUAGGUGGCAGCAUUUGAAGAACACUACAGGGAUAGAUAUUUUUCAACAUUCAAUAUUAAAUUUCGCUUUUCAUUGGUUUGAAUAUCAAAGCUAAAUAUUUGUAAAUUGACAAUUUUGCUAUCUAUUGUAGGGUCCAACUAUACCAACUAUAGCUAACCGGCCCCCAGUACAACUGGCCCCAGUACACAAGGUAUAUACUUACUAUUAUUAUUCGUAUUCUCAUUCAUAUAAUUGAUUCAUUUGUAGAUAGAUCAUGCUGACGCUGAUAACAUUGAACAGAUUUCUUCUGAAGUCCAAAAUGCACUUAUUGAUUCUGGCUAUACAAAAGUCCUUAACAUGUCAAACAAGUUGGAAGCCAUCACAGCACUAUGUGUUCACUCAGUAAUUUUAUCAAGAAAGGCUGCGAUUGAUUAA